AUGGCCGGGACGCGAGGUGGCGAGGCCGCCGAGGCUUUCAUCAUCGGAGAAUUCGACCGGUGGAAGAAACUGGGGGUCGGCGCCGGUGACGAGGCCGCCGCGGCGGUCAUGGCGCUCGUUGGCGUUGCCCGGUCCAGCAUGGCCGAUACAGUGGCGGCGCUCGAAGCCGAGGUCAAUACGGCCGUGGAGGAACUAAAGUGCCUGGACAAACCGUACGGCUCUCUCUCGGCGGCAUGCGACAUGUUCGUCCGGUACGUCCUCACCCGUCGGCGCGGCGAGGGCGACGACCAAACCGCCCCCUUCUCUGUCGUCAAGCGCCGCCUCGUCAGCCGCGCCAGGAGAUUCGGGGACAUCUGUGCAGGCGCACGGGGGACGAUCGCGACGCUCUGCCAGGAUUUCUUGCUGGACGGCUGCACCGUGCUGGUGCACGGCCACUCGGCGGCCGUGCUCGACGCCCUCAAGCUGGCCGGCGCCAGCGGCAAGCGCCUAAAAGUUCUAUGCACCGAGGGUAGGCCAGAUGGCUCGGGGAUGAGGAUGGCCGGGGAACUCGCGGCGGCGGGGAUUCCGGCGAAGGUGCUGCUCGACUUGGCGGUGGCCUACGCGAUGAGUGAGGUUGACAUGGUGCUGGUAGGCGCCGACGUGGUCACCGAGACCGGCGGCGUGGUGGGCGCCCUGGGCACGUACCAGGUCGCCCUCGUGGCUCGCGCCAUGAGCAGGUCCGUCUACGUGGCAGCCGAGAGCUACAAGUUCGCGAGGCUGUACCCGCUGGGGCAGAAGGACAUCGAGCAGGGCGCUGGACGACCCGUGGGCUUCGGCGGCCAACUGGUACCGCGUGGCGUGGACGUCGAGACGGCGGUGAGGGACUACACCCCACCGCAGCACCUGGAGCUUCUCAUCACUGACCUAGGCGUGCUUCCACCGCCCGCCGUUGGCGACGUGCUCCUCCAGCUCUCGGUGUGA